GGUGAUACCCACCGCCAGGGCAGCAUCAAGUCGAGGCCUGAACUUUGCCUUGCUAUAUAAUCCUCCUGUUCCUGCCGUGAGAGCAAAGGCCUCCUGGAUCAACUCGACUUUGUUGCAGCCAUGUCCGACUCCAAGUUGACGUACACUCCUAUCGAGGAUAUCCCUCAGAUCUAUGAGACACUUCAGAAGGGUUUCCGGUCUGGCAAGACCAAGUCCAUCGCCUACCGGAAGGAGCAGCUCGCCCAGCUUUCGUAUCUCAUACAUGACAACAAGGCCCGCUUUCGGGAGGCAUUCACCGCUGAUCUUGGACGUCCGGCGGAAGAAGUCGACAUGCUGGAGCUGAGUGUCGUGCUUGCGGAGAUGAAUGAUCUCUACGACAACGUUGCGAAGUGGUCCGCGACGGAGAAGGCGCCAUUCGACGCUUCGUGGUUCCUCAUGUCUCCGGCCAUCCGCAAGGAGCCCAAGGGUGUGGUGCUCAUCAUUGCACCCUUCAACUAUCCUGUAAUGCUUGCCCUGGGCCCCCUUGCGAGCGCGAUGGCCGCGGGCUGUGCCGUCGUUGUCAAACCGUCGGAGUUGACGCCUACUAUAAGCGGCCUCAUGGGGGAGCUUAUGCCGAAAUAUCUCGACCAGGACAUGUACCAAAUGGUCAAUGGAAGCAUCCCGGAGACUACGAGGCUCCUUGAGCUCAAGUGGGACCACAUCAUGUACACAGGAAGUGGUCGUGUGGCAAAGAUUAUCAGUGUCGCCGCAGCGCAGCACUUAACUCCAGUCACGCUCGAACUCGGCGGCAAGAGUCCCGUGGUCAUAGACCCGAAAUGCGACGUCAACACUGCCGCGAAGCGCAUUUUGUGGGGCAAGAUCGCCAACGCAGGCCAGAUCUGCCUCGCCCCCGACUAUGUUCUCGUCCCACGCGACUUCCAAGACACUUUCGUCGCCGCGGUGCAGCGCGCCUACAAGGAGUUCUUCGCUACGGGCGCAAAACCGGAUGUGAUGUCGCAUAUAGUCACCACGGCGCACACGCAGCGCAUCAAGCGCUUGAUCGACGAGACGAAGGGCACUGUGGUGUUUGGCGGGAAGGUGGACCUGGACGGACGGUGGGUCGAGCCGACGCUGGUGAAGGACGUCAAGGGAGACGAUUCCCUCAUGAGCGAGGAGAUAUUUGGUCCCGUGUUGCCGAUCAUACCGGUCAAGGACGUCGACGAGGCCAUCGAAUUUAUCAAUGCUCGGGAUGACCCGCUCGGCCUGUAUAUCUUCUCGAACGAUUCGGCAUUCAAGGCCAAGGUUAUCGACAACACCAGGAGCGGAGGCGCCUCGGUGAACGAGGUCGUCGUACACUUCGCCACUCAUGGUCUGCCGUUCGGUGGUAUCGGCCCCAGCGGAUAUGGAUACGGCCAUGGAAAGUACGGCUUCGACACCUUCACCCACUUGAGGUCAACCUUGGAUAACCCCAACUGGAUUGAUACUAUCUUGAUGUCGGGGAGGUAUCCUCCUUACAAGGUACGCGUCUGACUAUCUAUCUUUGGUGAAACGGCGCUCAAGAGGUCGUACCUAGCGGGCAGCGACGGAGAGGCUCAACUGGUUCAUGGCACCUGCCUUGCCCCCGCGCCCCGGAAGCCGCCCUGGGAUCUUGCGGAGGUUGCGAUUCCUGUUCGCCUUUGUGGUGAUAGGGCUGCUUACGAGAACGGGCUGGCGUGCGCUUGCUCGCUGGGGCUUGUAUUAGGUGAAACACGAGCUGUGAAGACCGCCGCAGUGCUAUGCCCAUCUAGGCCCCGAGGAUUG